GCUCGACAACAGCCGCCAAGCAGCGGCAGUGAGAGUAACUGACUGUGGUGCCACGUGGAACGGUCGCGUCUCUUGCACUCGUAUCGGAGUCCUUCGACGGUACUGUACGAAUCGCCCGUCGUUGCUCUGUGCUUCUAAAAUCGACGUUCCGCGCUUCUGAACCGAAAACCGAAAAUCCUGUACCGGAACGCAGUGGAAAUAAAUUAUACACAGACAAGCAGUGAUAAAAAGCCGAAAGGGGUCGAUUUUCCGUAAUAAUUAAUUGCUCAGGGCUUUUUUUCCUCCAACCACGAUGGCGAACAGCGCUACGCAUACCAUUAUAAAGCAGCCUACGUGGUGGCGCCGCCGCACCGCGGCGGAGCGCAGGUUGGUGCUGACACAGACAGUGGCGCUCCUAGCUGCGGUUGCGCUCGCCGUCUCAGUGGUCGUGGUCGUCACCAGGCGGCAGCACCAGCCCGGGGCUGCCCAGGUGUCGGCAUCCGGGUCCGUCAACCAGAGCCUGCAGAACGUCUGCCUCACGCCAGGAUGUGUCCGUGCAGCGUCCGAGGUGCUCAGCAAACUGGACCCAUCAGUCGAACCCUGUGACGACUUCUACCAGUAUGCGUGUGGCAACUACCUGCGCACCACUAACAUCCCGGAUGACAAGUCAGUGGUGAGCACCUUCUUGGCACUGAGAGAAGAGCUCCAGGAGAAGCUGCGCAACGCCAUAGAAGAGGAGGAGACCCAAGCAGUGGUCCCCAGGAGCUUACAGCUGGCACGCAACCUCCACACCGCUUGCACAAACAAGAAACGGAUCGAGUCCCGCGGCCUGGAGCCACUCCAGAGGGUCCUGAAGGACGAGCUAGGCGGCUGGCCUGCUGUAGAGGGCGACUCUUGGGACGAGACGAGCUUUGAUUGGCUGCACAGCAUCUACCGCUUCCGCAGAGCCGGCUUCAGCAUCGAUUACUUCAUUAAGUUCCAAGUGAAACGUGAUGUGCGCAACUCCACGCAACGUUACAUGCAUCUGGACCAGGCAUCGCUGGGUCUGAGCCGCGAGUUCCUGCUGAAGGGUCUCUCGGACAAGCGGGUGGACGCCUACUACCAGUACCAGGUCGAUCUGGCAGUUCUGCUGGGCGCCGAGAGGACACGCGCUGAGCGCGAGCUCAGGCAGUCCCUCGAGUUUGAGAUAGCUCUGGCCAACAUGUCGCUGCCGAAGGAGGCUCGACAGGACCAGACGCGACUGUACAACCCGCGCACCGUGGAGCAGCUGCAGCGCGACCACCCGUCGGUGCCGUGGCUGGAGUGCCUGCGGGCGCUGCUGCCGCCGCACGUCACCGUUUCCGGCGACGAGGUGCUCGUCGUGGCCGUGCCCUCCUACCUCAAGAGCCUCGAAGCCCUGCUCAGCCACACUCCCAAAAGGGUGGCGGCCAACUACGUGAUGUGGCGGGCGGCCAUGGCUGCGGUGCCGUACAUGACGCAGGAGCUGCGGGGACGCCAGUUCGAAUACCAGGCAGCCCUCACUGGCAGGAGGGAGCGCGAGUUCCGCUGGAAGGAGUGCCUCAGCAUCGUCACUAGACGCCUGGGGCUGUCUGUGGGCGCCAUAUACGUGCGCAGGUACUUCAACAAGGCGGCCAAGGAGGCGGCGCUCGAGAUGGUGGGCGACAUCCGCCGCGAGUUCCUCCGCACCCUGCGCCAGCUGGACUGGAUGGACGAGGGCACCAGGAAGAAGGCACUCGAGAAAGCCAAGUCGAUGGUCGCCCACAUCGCCUACCCAGACGAGCUACUGGACGACAGGAAGCUGGACCACUUCUACGAGAAGCUGGAGAUCAACCCGACCUUGUACCUGGAGAGCAUGCUCAACGUGACCAAGUUUCUGACCAACUACACCUUCAGCCAGCUGCGGCAGCCCAUCAACAAGACCGAGUGGAUCAUCCACAAGACGACGGACGUCAACGCCGCGUACGACCCCGCCGAGAACUCCAUAGAGAUUCCUGCGGGUAUCCUCCAGGGUGUCUUCUUCAGCGCUGACCGUCCCAAGUACAUGAACUACGGCGCCAUCGGCAUCCUAAUUGGCGACAGGAUCACAGCCGGCUUCAUCGGAGAGGGUCGUCAGUUUGACAAGAAUGGCAACCUGGUGGACUGGUGGGACCCUGUGACCCGCGACAAGUUCCUCAAGAAAGCUGAGUGCUUGAUCUCACAGUAUGGGAACUAUACCGAAGAGCAAACAGGCUUACAUCUGAACGGGGUCAACACGCUGGAGCGGAACACUGCGGACAACGGCGGCCUUGUGCUGGCGUACGGCGCCUACCUCGCGCUGGAGCGCCGCAGCGGCCGCCCGGAGCCGCGCCUGCCCGCGCUGUCCGGACUCUCCCCGCGGCAGAUGUUUUGGGUGUCUGCCGCACAGAACUGGUGCUGCAAGUACCGUACUAAGACGAUGAUAGAGUUCAUCACCACUGGAGUUCACUCCCCAGACAACUUCCGAGUACUGGGUCCACUCAGCAACCGGCCCGAGUUUGCCGAGGACUUUGCAUGUCCUCUCGGCUCCCGCAUGAACCCGCUGGAGAAGUGCCAGGUGUGGUGAAGAGUCCAGCAGAGGUGCCGGACUGUCGGAAGCCUGAUGCUGACAACCGGCUGGAGCCGCUGCCAGCCACACACGAAUAACAACAGAGCGAGAGGAAAUCUAUUGGCUCACACCCCAGCUGCAGAACUGUCUGUGGGGCCUUCACUGUGUGGGGCCUGUGAGAUAGCAGACUCGAAAGAGAGGAGCAGCUGCACUGAAAUAGGAUCGUCCAGAUCCUAUGGUUUCAGCACACGCUCAAUCGAAUUUCCGUCUGUGUGUGUCUGCGUGUUUACACCAUAAUUACCUGCUCCUGUUUGGAGUAGAUAAAUAAACCUGUGUGCAGAA